AUGAAUAAAUACAUUGUUUUCUUAAUCCAAACAUUUGGAAUUUUUUUAUUUGGUUUGGAAUAUGUAAGUUUGAUAGUGAGCUCGAAGACAGAAAUAGGUUUUAUUGUUCCAACACCUGAACAAAACUACAACAACUUAAUGGAAGUAGCAAGUGGAAUUAAGUCUGUUAAAGUUUCUCAAUUACACAAAAGAGAUGAUUCACCUUUAGAAAGUGUAGUUAAUGUUGAAAGCCAAUCAAGUAGAAUAGAUAUGGUGUCUGAAGAAGAAAAAAAAAUCGAAAGUCCAGAAAUCAUCCAAAAAAAAAUUGAUGUUGAACCAGUAAAAGAUGAUCAGCAAGUAAAAUCAAUCGAAAAAUCUCCAAAACCACGUUUGGUUGAAAAACCGAAGAAAGAAAAGACAUCAGAAAAAAGGGAAUUAUCGUGUAGCACACCAGAGAAAAUGGGGAGUUUCCCGUUUAAACCAUUUGCAGAAACUGCAAGAGCCGUAGGAAUACCAGCGUAUUCGUCUUAUAAGGCAAUAUCUGAUUUACAUACUUCAUUCAACGGAGUAUUAGACUCUACAACCUUACUCGAAUUAUAUUACUUUGACUAUGAUAAACUCGCAAUAAAGAGGCCCAAUUUUGAUGGGAAAGAAGACGCGUGGAUAUCAAAGUCUCUUUUAUCAUUAAUUUAUAAAUCAGAGCAAGAAGACCCUUUAUCAUUUUUAAUGUUGGGUUAUGGUAUUACAUCUACCCACUGGGAAAGUUACAUACCUCAAGAUGAUCUGGAAACACCGGAAAUAGUGGUUGAGGAUAUAAUACAAGAACACGAUCAUAGUCAUGGAGAUAUUAUUUUUAAAAACUAA